AUGGACAACUUUGAGUUUGUGGAGUGGAUCGAGGAGGAAUACGGUGCUGUCCCUCAUCAUACUGUCAAGACCUGCCCAGACGUUGAGAUAUAUGUCGGCAAGAACAAAUACAGUCUGGGAAAGGUUGUGACCCAACAUAAAGCCUUUUUCCUGCCCUUGGAGGGUGAUGACUACUGGUACAAGAGCUACCAGGCCAACGACCAGAUCGAGCUGUUCAACCACCCUCUUGAGGCCUUGCAGUUCGUCAGGGUCACCAACCUGGAGUGCAGCAGUGUAGAGAAGACGGUCUUGCUGGAGAAGACCAGCACUGUUGAGAAGACCUGGGACAUUGUCUGGGAAAGCCACAACAGUUCCACCACCAUGACAGCCAAGGUGCCCAUCCUCAGUUCAGGCACCAUGGACUUCACCAAGCAGCAGGCCGUGAGCUUUUCAGUGAGUACCACCAUGGUGGAGUCCAUCAGCCACUCCAUCUCUGUGGAGCUGUUGGUCCCUCCCAACCACUCCUGUACCGUGCAGAUGGAGGACAGGAAGAUGACAGCUGACAUCCCCUUCACGGGUAGACUGAGCCAGACCUACCAUAAUGGAGACAGCCACUGGACCACCAUCACAGGGACUUGUGAGGGUGGGGAGAUUAAUGCUGCCGUAGAGAGAUGCCAGCCUGUCCCUGAUGCCAUCCCCUGCUACCCUGAUGUGACAGACUACUGAGACAGAUUCUAGAUGUGUGAAUUUUGAACUCUAAUGUGCCUGUGGUAUCUCUGCAGACACAAAGUGAAGAAAUUAGAACCCUUGUGUCGCAAUAAUUUUUCAUCAAACAGGAAUAAACUGAUAUACUGUGUCUCCAUAUU